AUGGCUCCCAAGAAGAAGGAACAGCAGAAGAUGUCGCUUGGCGACUUCCUGCAAGACCAAAGCUACGGAGGAUCGUGGGCAGAUGAGGUCGAGGAUACUUUCUGCACUCAGGCACUUCCUCCCCCUGAGCGGGCUGGCUACCGACCCUCCGGAGGUGGCUGGGGCAGCGGCGGCGGCGAUCGCCCUGAGCGCAGGGACUACGGCGGCUACUCCUCCAUCCGCGAGAACCUCCCCCAGACGCUCCCCGACAAGCCCCCCUAUACCGCUCACCUGGGCAACCUUUCCUACGAUGCCACCGUCGAGACCGUCACCGAGUUUUUUGAGGGAUGCAACAUCGUUAACGUCCGCAUCAUCGAGGACCGCGAGCAGCAGCGUCCCAAGGGUUUCGCCUACGCCGAGUUCCAGGACCUCGAGGGCUUGAAGCAGGCUUUGACUCUGGACGGCCAGUCUUUCCAGGGCCGUGUCAUCAGAAUCAAGGUUGCCGAUCCGCCCCGUGGUGGCGACCGCGGUGAGUCUACUCGCGACUUCGGCGACUGGACCCGCAAGGGCCCCCUCCCUGACCUCCCCGGCCGUGGUGGAAGCGACCGCCGUGGCUCCGAAUUUGGCGAGCGCCGUGCCCCGCGUGAGCCCCGCGAGCCCCGCGAGGAUGACGGCAAGACCCGUGACUUCGGCAACUGGGAGCGUAGAGGCCCCCUCUCUCCCCUUCCCAAGGAGGAGCGCGGUUCCCGCGAGGGCAGCCGUCCCCGCACCAACGAUGGACCUCGCGAGUUCCGCAACCGUCACCAGUCUCCCGCUGCUUGGGGAGAGGGUCAGCAACCCCGCCAGGACUCUCGUCCCCCCCGCCCCGAGCGUACCCCUACCGCCGCCGAGCAGGACAACCAGUGGAGAUCCAAGAUGCGCCCUGACGCGGCUGUCAAGUCCGGUAGCCAGUCUCGCGAUGGCAGCGAGGCCCCGUCCUCCCCCGCCGCUGCCCCUGCUGCCCCUGUUGGCCGCCCCAGACUGAACCUCGCCAAGCGCACCGUUUCCGAAGCCCCCGAUGUUCUCUCCCCUUCCGGCACUGACUCUAAGGCCAGCCCCUUCGGUGCCGCCCGUCCUAUCGACACCGCCGCGAAGGAGCGUGAGAUCGAGGAGAAGAAGCAGCAGCAGGCGAAGGAGAAGAAGGAAGCCGAUGAGAAGGCCAAGGAAGAGCGCCGUCUGGCCAAGGAGGCUGCUGCCAAGGAGGCUGCUGAGAAGGCCGAGCAGGAGGCUAAGGCCGCGGAGGAGGCUGCCCAGGCUGCGGAGGAGGCCCCCGAGGCCGCAAAGGAGGAAGAGAGCAAGGAGAACGGUGCCUCUGACGAGCAGAAGGUUCCUAUCCGAUCAAAGGAGCCCAAGGAGCCCCGCGAGGCGGCCAAGACCUCCCGUGCCACUGAGGCCAGCAGCUGGAGAUCGGCGUCUUCCGGAGGUGCUCGUGGUGCCCCCACUGGACCCCGCGGUGGUCGUGGCGGUGCCGGUCCUCGUGGUGGCCGUUUCGACAACGCCCGCCCCCCGCGCUCCAACGGCGGCCCUGCUGCCCGUGAGCCCUCCACCCCCGCCGCCGACGGCGAGGCCCCUGUUGAGGAGGACGGUUGGACUACGGUUCCCAACAAGAACCGGCGCAACGUUGGCCCUCGCGGCACUGCCUAG